AUGAGUCAAGCUGAGGAUAGCAGUAUUCACUCAACGGGGAAUAUUGUGAGGUCAGUAGUCUGCAUAAUACUGAGCGUGUCAUUUAUUAUUGGGACGCCUGGAAAUGGCAUCGUCAUUUGGACUGUUUGUACAAAAAUGAAGCAAGUAUCUCCUUCGGUCCUGCUGAUCUUGAACCUGGCCAUUGCAGAUGUCCUCGUAGUGAUUACUUUACCAGUCUGGAUUUACUCCUUUGCUGACUCGUGGGUUUUUGGAGUCACCUUCUGCAAAAUACUGGUUUUCAUUAUUUACUGCAGCAUGUAUGCUAGUAUAUUUCUAAUUACAGCGCUGAGCUUGGAGCGGGUAAUGGCUGUGUUUUACCCUUUCACAAUUCAAAGAUACAAAACAAAAGAAAAGAUUUCUUUAAUUAUAUUCCUUAUUUGGUUCCUGUCUAUCACUUUCGGCGUUUCUGUCAUUCCAUUUCAAGAGACAGAAAAAACAGACAGUGGACUACUAUGCACGUGUCGCAACUACUCUUCUGAUAGACAGAAAAUUUCCUAUCUUUUGCUGGAGACUCUUGCAGGUUUUGUAAUCCCUUUUUUAAUUAUUUGCACUUGUUAUAUGUGUGUUGCAAGAAGAAUAAGCAGAAUGACUUACCAAUCUAAGCGGCGAUCGGAACGGCUCAUUGCCAGUAUUGUGGUGGCAUUCAUUUUGUGCUGGUUCCCUCAUCAUGCCUUCAACAUCUUAGAUAUUAUUUCAAUGCAGAUAGAACUCUCUAACAAGGAAAUGUCUUUGGCACUGGAUGAAAUUGUAGGCAGAGGAGUGUACAUCUCUGGAGCACUGGUAUUCAUCAGUAGCUGUAUUAACCCUCUACUUUAUGCUUUUGCUGCACGAAGAUUUCAGAAUCACCUGAGUUUUGCCAAGAUGUCAAAGCUGUUCGAACAAAUGAGUCAGACUGUAACAGAGGAAGACAAGAAAAAAAGUUUGGUUGUAACCAAACAGGAAGAUACUUUGGUGUGCAUCAGGCCUGUCAGUGUGGCAAUUUACUACUUCACCUAUGCUGACGUACUCGGUCUCAAAACUACAGGGGUUCCAGCUGGCCCAUUCAGCCAAUAG